UCGAAGUCUGGAAAAUAGCAACUGUGUUUGUUUCUGAAGGAUUUGCACCUAACCUAGCAUUGCAAACCAUAAUGAAGAACCAGGACAAAAAGAAUGGGGCCGCCAAGCAAUCAGGCAACACUUCCAACUCCAAAAGCAACCCAGGGCAACCGGAAGCGGGACCAGAGAGAGCCCAGGGAAGGCCCAGCCAGACGGCUCCUGCAACCGAAGCUGAAGGUUCCAACAGCCAGGUCCUGGGGAAGCCUUUGGGGGCUCAAGCCAAAAUUGCCCCACCAGGGGCCCUCCAAGAUGUGUCAGAGGAGCUGAGCCGCCAGUUGGAAGACAUCUUGAGUACUUACUGUGUAGACAACAAUCAGGGGAGCCCAGGUGAGGAUGUGGCACAGAGUGAACCUGCUGAACCUGAAGAUACAGAAAAGUCCCGAAACUACGCUGCAAGGAACGGGGAGCCUGAGCCAGUGACCCCUGUAAUCAAUGGCGAGAAGGAGCCCUCCAAGGUGGAGCCAGGCACAGAAGAGAUCCGGGUGCGUGAUGAAGGUGGAGACCGAGACCACCGGAGGCCCCAGGAGAAGAAGAAAGCCAAGGGACUGGGAAAGGAGAUUACACUGCUGAUGCAGACAUUGAAUACCCUGAGUACGCCAGAGGAGAAGCUGGCAGCACUGUGCAAGAAGUAUGCUGAACUGCUGGAAGAGCACAGGAACUCCCAGAAGCAGAUGAAGCUCCUGCAGAAGAAGCAGAGUCAGCUGGUGCAGGAGAAGGACCACCUGCGGGGCGAGCACAGCAAGGCCAUCCUGGCCCGCAGCAAGCUCGAGAGCCUGUGCAGAGAGCUACAGCGACACAACCGCUCCCUCAAGGAAGAAGGUGUACAGCGGGCUCGAGAAGAGGAAGAGAAACGCAAGGAGGUGACCUCGCACUUCCAGGUGACUCUGAAUGAUAUUCAGCUGCAGAUGGAGCAGCACAAUGAACGUAACUCCAAACUGCGCCAGGAGAACAUGGAGCUGGCAGAGAGGCUGAAGAAGCUCAUUGAGCAGUAUGAGCUACGUGAGGAGCACAUUGACAAAGUCUUCAAACACAAGGAUCUGCAGCAGCAGCUUGUGGAUGCCAAGCUUCAGCAGGCUCAGGAGAUGCUAAAAGAAGCUGAGGAGCGACACCAGCGGGAGAAGGACUUUCUCCUCAAAGAGGCAGUGGAGUCACAAAGGAUGUGUGAGCUGAUGAAGCAGCAGGAGACCCACCUGAAGCAGCAGCUCGCCCUUUACACGGAAAAGUUUGAAGAGUUCCAGAACACUCUUUCCAAAAGCAGUGAAGUGUUCACCACAUUCAAACAGGAGAUGGAAAAGAUGACUAAGAAGAUCAAGAAGCUGGAGAAAGAAACCACUAUGUACCGGUCCCGGUGGGAGAGCAGCAACAAGGCCUUGCUUGAGAUGGCUGAGGAGAAAACACUGCGGGACAAGGAGCUAGAGGGCCUACAGGUGAAAAUCCAGCGGCUGGAGAAGCUGUGCCGGGCACUACAGACAGAACGCAACGACCUGAACAAGAGGGUACAGGACCUGAGUGCGGGUGGCCAGGGCCCCUUUGGUGACAGUGGCCCUGAACGAAGGCCAGAGGCUGCCACUGUCUGUAAGGAGCAAGGUGGUGAGGGGCUCAUAGCCCAAGCAUCCAGCUCCCCAAGGGCUCCAGAAGCUGCCUCCAGAAGUUUCCCAGGAGCACCAAGCACAGAAGUAUUGGGCCCAGCAGGGGCCUGGGAGCCCAAUCCCACUACUCCCUAG